GGACCGGGAGCGGCGGCGGCUGCGGGGCGGGGGCACGGGGCAGGGGCGGCCGCCGCCAGCGGCCGGGGCCAUGGGCACGCCGGCCUCGGUGGUGAGCGACCCCCCGGGCCCGGCGGCGCCCGCAGCCCGCGGCCGCAAGCGGGCCUCGGGCAACAUCUUCCAGGGCGUGGGGCUGCCCGAACUGCGGAGCCUGUUCCGGAGCGGCGGCGCCGAGCGGCCCGAGGAGCGCGCCCGCCUGGUCUGGCGGUACGGCGGCCAGCGGCGGAUGGCGCGGGCCCUGCGGCGGCUCCGGCGGCGGCGGAGAGCGGCCGAGCACGGGCUCGGGACGGCGGCGCUGCGGCGCUUCGGCCGCCUGCGGAUCACCGAGAAGGAGCCGGAGCCCGGCGGCGGCGGGGCUGAGGCGGCCCCGGGAUCCCCGCAGCAGCGCUGAGCGGCCGGGCGGCACGGGAACCGGCCCCGGGGGGCUGCGGGACGGCGGCGCUGGCCAGGCUCGCCCCCGACGCUGAGUGCACGGGACACGAGGGCAAUAAAAGGGGGUGGAGGCGGCUGCGACCUGGAUCCUGGAUCCCGGCGGCUGCGCUGGACCCGGCUCCACGGGACGUCCCCCAGCCGCUGAGACAAGGAGGAGGCCAGGCGAACGGCAGCUCUGUUAUUCAGCCGGUUGCAUGGUUUAAAUACAUUACAUACAUUUCUA